AUGCCCGUCCUAAAGUCUCUCUCUGUACACACCGCCGCAACAAUUUCAACAUCCCUCUUCCGCGCCCAUGUCCCCGCGGCCGUUCUACGCAUCAAGAGUCUCACGGCAGCAAACGUUGUAUUCCCACCCCCAGAGGCUAUCGAAGAGGUCGAGAUGUCAUUCGCAGGAACUAUGGUUCGCCUGCCUGCAGUUGCUAGAGGUUUGGCUGCGACUGCGAAGGCUGCCACUGCGAAGGCUGCCGCUGUGUAUGGGUGGUGA